CUGAUGCGGAGGCAGAGAUGCCUGCCCAGGAGAAGGCAGCAGUGACCAUGAGAGAGAAACCCAAAAGAGAAACAGAGGAUGAACGUCGGAAGAGGCUGUCUGUGCAUAAAGAGGAGAUCAUGAAAGCCCAUGUUGAAAGAGGUGUGCACCUCAUGCCUCCAGCCUGUCCACUCUAUGGAUCGUGUGGUUAGUGACAAAGUCUGCUUGCACCGCUCAUGUUUCUGCUGUCAGGUCUGCAGGAGGAAGCUGAGCUUGCAAAACUAUGCUGCCCUCCACGGGGUGUUUUACUGCCAGCUCCACUACAAGCAGAUGGCUGAAGCGAAAAGCAGAAGAGAGACAGGAAGGCUGGAGCACCAGCCAGUAGACCAUCAGGUCCAGAGAGUGGCAAUAGCAGGCAGAGGACCGCAACCCCGGUACUGGCAUAAUAGGGCCGAAAAGAAAACUGAAGCAAGAGAAAAACCCGCAUCCUUUGAAGGACAGUGCAGCUUGCAGCUGGCUGAGCAAAGUCGAGAGCUGAGCAGCAGAUCUGUCCUCUUAGGAAAACAGCUAAGAACCAGCUGGACGCCUUCAGAAACAGCCUUCUUGGCUGUAGAUGGAAAACCUGGAAAGGGAGUGUAUUCCUGGAAACAGACUGCACUGAGCUUGCAAACCUGCCAGGCUGCGGGCAGUAGAGUGGGCAGGAUGAUGCUCAGCGGUCAGGAAGGAAAAUCAAUGGCAGAGACAGCUGUGAAGAAGGGAAGCUUCUUACCUGGGGUCACCUGUCCUGAAAAAAGAGAGCAAGCUUGUUCCUGGCAGAAGCCAGGAGAACAGAGAGGUAGCAAAAAGAAGCUAGUGAUCAUGGAUGGGAACAUAUCCAGAGGGAAGCCAGAGGGCAAGGUCUCUGAGCGAGUUGCUGUGUUCCAGCAGAGCAAGUCCCAGCUGAAGAGAGGGCCUGUCUCUGCCUCCUCACCUGCAGUCCUGCGGCCUCUUAAAUCUCUUGCUCACAGCUCGUUCACUUUCCAUGCUGACACACUUCAAAACACUAAACCCACUAACUGGAUGUACCUGGCUUCCACUGGGGACAGCAACAUCUCCACAGCAGAGCUCCCAGCAAAGGAAAACGAGGUCUGUGGGACUCUUUCCCCUCUGAGCGUGUCCCGUGAAGCAAGCAUAAUCCCUGCAGUGACAGAUGACAAGCCUGAACUGACCAUAGGCACUCCAGCUGCUGCAGAAGACAAGCAUCAUCUCGAAGACAGCAGGAACAACCCACAGUCCACCUGUGUGCCAGGAGAGCCUGAAACCAGAAACACCACAAAUAUAAUGCCAAAACACGGAGCUGAGGGUGUUGUUCCCCCUGACUAUGAAGAUGAAGAUGAAGUUUCUUGCCUCUCUGGUGUGUCAGUGACCCCUUAUGUAGCAUGUGGUUCCCUGGAGCCCGGAGAGCUGAGGGCAUCAGCUGAGGCAGCCGAGCUGGUGAAUGAGAAAUCAAAGACAGACACCAGUGAGUUCCCUGGAAAACUGAUACCAGCAGCUUUGGGGGAGAAUACACAGCCAUCCAGUGGAGGUCAUUUGCCUGACGUUGAGAGCAAAGGGGCAGAAUUUGGGAAGACAAAAGAAAUGAUGCCAAUAAGUGUAUCAGGGUUUCUGGAAGAAGCUAGUCCUGACCAUACAUCCCAGGAAAACAAACCAGAAAAGAGUAGAGUCUCUUCACCUGACUUGCCAGAGAUAACAGAUGAUGACAAUACAUCCUGCGUACAAGAAGCAGAACCUCAGGCCGUGUAUAACCCACUGAUAAAUAACCCUUAUGGGGAUAUUUCAACACACGAUGGAAAACCAUCUGCCAAGGAUUUUCCAGUAUCAGCAGACAUGCCUCUGAAUGCAACCAGCACCUCUUGGCCCUCACAUGAUGAAGCCAGCAAAUUAGGUGACACAAAAUUCGGAUCAAAGGAUCCCACUAAUGAUCUUAGCAGAAACACUGUUCACAUUUCAGAGCAAUCAUCCAAGAAAUUAGACACUUCCAAAUUGAAUGUAUCCUCAGACAAAUCUAGAGUUCAUCCAGCGGACAAAGGAAAAACAGAUCUAAAACUCCCAGGGGAAAGUGCUGUGCACACAUCAAGGCCUGGGGCCCAAAGCAAAGAGACCAGAAACAGUCAAGCCAGGAAAGAGGUGCUGGAUAAAGGUUUCAGGCUUGGGAAAAACCCCUUAGCUAUGCUUUUUGGUUCUGAAGACAAAGGCAGCACUCCCAAGAAGGAAACAACCACCGAAAGGAAACCCACUAAACCCCAGUCAGCUUUCGUCACUUUGUUUGGUUACUCCUCAGGGAAAAAGCAGAGUCAACAAGAAAAUCCUGAAAGAUCUUCAGAACAAACAAAUAUCAAAGACAAGCAGGAAGAGCCCCGGGGUCCCCUCAGCUCCUCCAGCCAAGCCAAGCAAAAGGCCUCCAAGAACAAUCAGCUGUCACUGCCAGGGAAGAUGGAGGUCAUGUCUAAGGAAACGCAGGAGGGCUCAGGAGGCUGCUCAGAUAGCGCUGGCGGCAAAGAGACCAAUGACCUGUUGUUGGCUCCUGGUGCAAGCCUUCCAUGCACUGAUAAACAUGGGGUAACCAAACUUGACAUUCAUGACCAACCAACUUUAAACUGGCAGGUUCAGCAGCAACAGGACAAUUGCUCCUCUCUAUUGCCAGCAAGGGAAAAUCAGAAAGGAGCUUCAGUAACCUCGGAAGGUCGGACGAACCCUCUACUUCCUCCUUCAGAGCUUAUGCCAACUGCUGACACCAACAAGGAUCUCAUCAGGGAGAGAAAUCAUCAUGGUGCUCAUCUACUGGAAAUUCAAAGCUUGGUGAGUUUCAAUGCCCAGGACACAAGGCUAGAGGCUGGAAUAAUUUCUUCAUCAAGCUGUUUAGGAGAGUCACCCAAGGAAGCUGAGUUUCAGUUAGACAACAGAGAGCUGGAGGACAAUACCCUUUUGGUAUCUGUAGAAAACAAAAGACAAGAUUUUCCCAGCAUAGCAAGUAAAACCUCACCACAUUUAGACUUGCAAAAUUCACAGACAGGAACUCCACCUUGCUUCUACGCAAAUCCUUCAGAACUGUGUCAGGAAAUCCCAGCAGAAACAUAUGCCCCAUCAGCACCGUGGGACACAUCCAGCAUCUCCCUUCUCCCUGGAAAGGAAGAGAUUGUCACUGACCCUGAAGGGAUUCAGAGCUGUGAACUGCUGCAGCAGUUUGGUCCCCAGUCCCAGGCUACAAUGGCUGCAGAAGAUCCAUUCAGUUUUGGUUUCAGUGCUGAAGGCUCAACCAACCAGCAUCUCUCUACACAGGAAAGUAGUUUUCCACCAGUGUCCAUGUUCACCAUCCAUGUUUCUGAAACCUCUAAUCAGGACGUCUUUGAUCUCUUGAAUGUCGAUUCAGCCAAAAUGGGCCAGGAGGCUCCUGCAAAAAUAGACAGGAGCAGAAAAACAUCAGGAGCUGAAGCAGCUCAUGAAAGUCACUCCUCUGCAGAUCCAGAUGUGUUAAAUGAUGGCCUUUUAGACCAGGAGUUCUUUAUAUAGUUGACAAAAGAAAAGCACCCCCCACUGCAGUACAAGUUAGCUCACAUGGGACAAAGACUGCUUCAUGAAAUCAGCUUAGAAAUCUCCUGCUUCUCUGGCACAAGAUGAAUUCCGUUGUAAAAAAGGUGAUUUAAUAAUGGCUUAAGGUGCUAAAUUUUAGAUCUCUAUCCUGGUCGUAGUAGGUCAGUGCUCAGUUCCCAAAAAAGAACAUCACAAAAACUGGCUUCACUGCGAGGAACUUCCGAGGAGAGAUUAAUCUCUCCAAUGGGAUCAGCACGCCUUUCUCUGCACCUGGAGGAGAUAUCCCACAUGAUGUGCUGCUGAGGUUCCUCAGAGGAUGUCUGCAUGGCCACUGUCUGCAUGGCGGGGGGGGGACAGACCUCCAAAGAGGUUGAACCACCAAGCAGCUGUGAGAAACGAACUCAUCAAGAGCUAGAAACUAAAAUGAGGAGAGAAUGCUGUUAUUAGGAGGGAACUGGCCACAAGUGCACCAGUAAAAUGAAAUGGGCAAAGGCAGAGGGGGUGGUGAUUCAGCUUCAGAUUAGGUUUAAGUGUCUGCAAUAUUAGCAUUUCAGUGUAAAUCAGGUGUCUACCCCCACAUCAUAGCCAAUGGAGAGCUCAUAAGUGUAGAUACAGCCUGAAGAGUGAUUCAGCUCACCAUAAAACAGACAACUUCAUUUGAAAAGCUGAACAGCUCUCCGGACUCCAUUGACUGUAUUGAUUGAUCUCCACUGACUACAGUGCAACUGUAGAUGUCUACUUCACAUAUAGACAGCUACAUUUUGACAUCUAGAGCUUAAUUCCACCCAAAACAUCACAUGCCCUUUCACUCUAUGGCUUGUCUACACCUAAAAGUAAUACCUCGCUUCUCAUAUUAUAAUUUUCCUUCAGUAGAUUGAAAAAUUACUUCACAUAAGAGGUCAGCAUCAUUAUCCUCCUUGUAAAAUGGCAAGCAAAGAGAAGUGAAAUGACCUUGCUGAGGUCACUGGUAGGAAGGGCAGAGGAGGAAAGGAAACUUAGGUCUCUUGAAGCCCUGUGGCAUUAGGGCUUUUGUUCCUCUGCACUCUUAGUGCAGUGGCACCCUGACCCUCCCUGACUGCCCUUUGCUGCAGUAACAUUAAUGUUAGCGGGGUUAACAGUUAUACUAAUGAAUGAUAAAUGAGGUCAACAGAAAGCUCAGAGAGUCAAAUGCAAGAAUGCACAUAUUAUGAAAAGGCUCAUGGAGCAUAUUCUCUCACCUGUUUUAAUCAGCUACCUGUUAAAAAAAAAAAAGCAUGAAGAUGUUAAAGCAAUUAAAUAAAAGAAAAAAUAAAAUAAAACCUCCUUGCCAUUGCAGUACUGCAGAA